AUGCUCAAAAGCACACAUUGAAGACCCCGUGCAGCCGUGACGCAUGCAAUUACCUGCAGUCUCUCGAGAUGUACCUCCAUGGUAUGCUACACCACUUCUACAUCACGGCGCUCACAUUGCUGCCCACCCCCUCGGGCUCGCUCAUGCGCAGCUUCCUCAUGGCCGGCCACUGCUACGGCUCCAUGGACCCUGUCUCCAACAUCAUCGUCAACUCCAUCUGGUACGACAGGCACGGCUGCCCUCUCCCGGAGUCUGAACGCACCAAGAUUGAGCAAUACAUUGACAUCCUUGACCCCCUCUCUCUGCUCCGCGUUGAGAUGCAUUCCCUUAAGGGCCUUACGGAGCUCGGCGCAUUCGCCGACCCCCAGCUCUCAGUGGCGGCUUGCGCUCUGGAGAACCUCUGCAGUGCGAAAUGCGACAUUGCUACCAUGUUACCAUCAUCCACGGAGAGGUUUGAAAAGAACCCCUUCCAUGAAGCUUCCAUGGCUGCUGGACACCCUCUGCCUCUUCAGCUGGGUGAACUGCACCAGCAGCUGCUGCUCAUGCCCGUUGAGCGAAACAAACUGCUCUCCUUGAUGAAGGAGGCUCAAACUGGUGGUACCGUGUUGCCCAUCGAUGACGUAGCAUCCAUUCUAGACAUGGUGUUGAGCAGAUCCAGGGCUCCAGCACCAGCAUUAGUGCAGGCACCCGAACUUUGUGUAAAGGCCCUGAGCGUGGUGUCAAGGAAUAGAUCAUGCUAUGAGGAGCGGAGGAGGUGGUUCCGUUCAAAGCUUGAACGGAUUCUCAAGGAACACGCGACACAACAUUUCUGGGAACCAAAAUAUACCCUGGACUAUAUCUGCGGUGUGGAGAAAAGCCCGGAAGCCCCUCCCAAAUUUCACACCUGCUACCACGUUAAUUUUAUGGCUACUUGCGAGUUGCGGCCGCAAAAGACGCUCUUCUUCGCUGAAUUCUGGCUCACGGAUGAUGAUCCAAUGCCAAGUUUCUGCUGCACUCUACCCUAUCCAUAUGCUGGCCGUUGCUACUAUGGCGUGCGUACCGCGAGGAAGAUUGUGUAUCCAGACCGCGCCGAGUACAUCGGGAAAGACAUCACGGAUGAUGGAACCCGCAGCGUGGGUGGCAUGCUACAGAUGGACCACGUUUACUUCUGCUCCGAGGGAGACGUGGAGCUCUCGAAGAAUCUCAACAUAUUGCCCAGUUCGGAGUCUCGGUAUGACUCUUUCUGAGUAUGAAGAUUGAAUCUUCUUUCCUUCGUGGUCGCCGCUAGCAACUGUGUAAUGUUAUCAGGUGUGAAGUGAGACCAUGCAUGCUCC